AUGCAGCUUGUACUAAAAAGCAAUGUCAAAGGACGUUUCCCCCCGGGAACCGUGGUGAGGGGCAUUAUCCAGCUAAUUGAGACUAAAGCCGUGCAUUAUGGACUCUGCAACCACAAACACAAAGGGAGGCGGCUGGUCCUGACCCCCGAGGGGAUGGGCCCGGCUCACGUGGACAUGGAGCCGGUGGGCAGGGGUGGCCGAGUGUCCCUCAGGGUCAGCCUAAGGGAGCUGGCCGACCUGUCCAUCGGCACGCCCGAGGUGGGCACCGUCAACUUCAACGCCCUGCACACCCUGCUCCUCGCCAUCCUCCGCCACCUCAACCUGCAGGACGUCAAGACGGACCUGCCCUACGUGAGCACCGACAUCGCCCGCGUCUCCUCCAUCGCCUUCCCGCUGGCCGUGGGCCCCGCCGAGGACGCGCAGGCGGCCGUUGGGGCGUUGGGCCCGGAGCCGGACGGCCGGAGGGACAAGGAGGAUGAGGCGCUGGGGGAGGCCCGCGGGAGGCCGGAGAAGCCCGAGGGACCGGACGGCGAGGCGGACCGGGGGAGAGUCGAAGCGACCCUGGGGAGCCGGGAGAUGGAGGCCCGGCUGCGGGACUUGGAGAGAAAGAUCCAGAGCCUCGGCGAUCAGGUCCUCGGCCUGGGGGACCACAUCCAGGGGGUGGCCGCCCAGGCCCAGGGGGUGGCCAACUGGGUCCGGGGCAUGGCCGACCAAGCCCAGGAGGUGGAGAGCCAAGUCCAGGGGGUGGCCAACCAAAUCCAGGGGGUGGCCAGCCAAGCCCGGGAGGUGGAGAGCCAAGUCCAGGGCGUGGCCAACCAAGCCCAGCAGGUGGAGAGCCAGGUCCAGGACAUCGGGGUCCAGGCGGAGGUGUACGGGCAACAGCUGGCCGCCCUGGACAAGGGGCCUCCCGGGCCCGAGCAGCCGGACGGGGCUCGGAGAGACUCGGCCUUGUCGGACGUGAAGCAAAUUUUGCAACUGAAGAAGAGAGUGGAGGCCAACGAGAAGGGCAUCGCCCAGGCAAUGGCACUGAUACAAGACAUCAUGAACAAGCUGGACGGCUUGAAGACGGCCCAGGACGGCUUGAAGACAGCCCAGGAUGACGUGAAGACGGCCCAGGACGGCUUGAAGACGGCGCAGGACGACUUGAAGACGGCGCAGGACGACUUGAAGACGGCGCAGGACGACUUGAAGACGGCGCAGGACGACUUGAAGACGACGCAGGACGACUUGAAGACGGCCCAGGAUGACUUGAAGACGGCCCAGGAUGACUUAAAGAUGGCCCAGGACGGGUUGAAGAUGGCCCAGGCCGAGGUUUCGGGGGUCCGCGAGGAGGGCAUCCCGAUGGGGGCCCAGGCCUCUGACGCUGUCCGGCAGGCGGGCCUUUCGGACGUGGGGCAACGCCUGGCGGAGCUGGAAGAGCUGGUCAAUGCCCAGGAAGACCUCCUGCAUAAUGUGGAGGAGAAGUUGAGCCAGCUUCCUGGACCAGAGGGUGUGAAUGUGGUCACCUGGGAAGACCUCGACCAGGUCUUGGCCUCCGGCUGGGACAAAAGCCCCAUGAAAGUCUCUCCGGUGCCACCGUCCAGGUCUUCCAAGGCGGCCGUGGGAGGCCCCGGCUCGUCUAGGAAAGCUUCAAAAGGCUCCCUUGGGCCUUCAGAUGCCUCCACGGGUGCCGGAGGGCCCACGCCUGCUCAGCACCCCUCUGCCCCAGGUGGGGCAGGCCGCCGCCCUUCUGGGGCACCGCCCUCUUCCCACCCUAGGAGGCCAAGCCCUACCCCGCCCCAGACUGGCCCCCCUGGUGGCACCCGGCGACUGUCAGGACCGCCUGGCACCGCCCAGCAUCCGUCUGGACCCCCUGGCAAAGGUCGGCGUCUGUCCGGACCUUUUGGCCUCACUCAGCCUCCGUCUGGACACCCUGGCACUGCUCAGCAUCCGUCUGGACACCCUGGUACUGCCCGGCACCCAUCUGGACCCCCUAGCACCACCCGGCGUCUGUCUGGACCUCCUGGCACCACUCGGCGUCUGUCUGGCACCUCCCGGCAUCCACCUGGAGCCCCCGGCACUGCCCAGGGGCCCUCUGAGACUUCUGACGCUGACCGGUGUAUCCUCGAAGAGCCCGACACUGCCGAGUUUCUCCCCAAAGAGUUGGACACUGACCAGGGUCUCCCUGAGGGGCAGGACGCUGCCCAGUAUCCUUCUGGGGCACCUGGCACCGCCCAGAGCCCCUUUGAGAGUUUUGAUACUGCCCAGGAUCUCCCUGAAGAGCUGGGCACUGUUCAGUACCCCUCGCAGAUUGUUGAAACAACGCAGUACCCACCUGGACCCCCGGGUACAGAUCAGGUUACCCCUGAGCCCUCAGGGAUGGAUCAGCACCCUCCUGGGCUCCCGGGCACAGAUCAGACCCGUCCUGGGCUCCCGGGCACAGAUCAGCAUCCCCCGUGCGUUCCCGGACUUACAGGGGCCGGGCAAGCCGGCACUGGUCUGCAGCCUUCUGUGGCUCCCACUUUCUCCCAGGCUGAAGAGAUGGGCACAGGCCAACCUCCCUCAGCGACCGGGGGCCCAGCACAGAGGACUGCCACGGUCCCCGGUGCUGCUCCCACUGAUGGGCCGGGCCCAGCUCUGCGCACCUCUGGCACUGAUUGGAUUCCCUCCCAAGCCCAUCACCCUUCACUUACUCCUGCCCCUCCGGUGGCUCAGUGGCUCUCCCGGCGCCCAGACGAUGCCAGCCUCGAGUCGGAGGGCACCACCUCCGAGGCCGUCACUGGCCCCGGGCCCUGGUCCGGCCCCUUCCCCUUCGCCCUGGAGACCCUGUACCUGAUGAGUGAGCUCGCCACCCUCUACCUGGUUCUCAAGGGGCAGCUGGAGCAGCUGGACCAUGCCACGGCCGGACCCACCAUCCUGGACAAGCUGCUGUACCUGCUGGGGCAGCUGGUGCAUAGAAACCUGCCCCCAGACCUGCAGGGGCAGCUAUCUACUCUGAAGAGUCUGAUCUUGGAGAUGCAAGCGGACAAGGACAAGAUGUGGAAAAUACUCCAGGGCGAGGGCCUGGGAGGGGCUCAGCAGAGCAAGGAAGAACCUGGCCAGCUGGGUAUACAGUUAAGCUACCUCAGAGUGACCAUACAGGACAUUGAAAAGGAGCUGGGGGAGUUGAGGCAGAAGCAGGAACAGGGCAAAGCCAAGCUGGAGCAGUCGGUGACCGAUGCCUCCAUUUACCUGCAGGACCAGCUGGACAAGCUCCGGUCCAUCAUCGAGGGCAUGCUGGCUUCUUCGUCCACCCUGCUGUCCAUGAGCCUGGCCCCGGCCCAGCCCCCGACCCCUCUGGAACCCAGCCAGAUAGACCCUCAUGCCACCUGCCCGGCCUGCAGCCUGGACGUGAGCAAACAGGUCAGCCAGCUGGUGCAGCGCUACGAGCAGCUGCAGGAUCUGGUCAACAACCUGAUGGCCCGGCAGGCCGAGAGCCGAUCCACCCGGAGGUCGCCGCUCUGGGGCCAGGACGAAGAGUUUCUGGGCCGCAUCCAGGCCACCAUCCUGCAGGUGCAAGGGGACUGCGAGAAGCUGAACCUCACCACCAGCAGCCUGAUUGAAGACCACCGGCAGAAGCAGAAAGAUAUCGAUUGUCUGUACCAAUCCCUGGAGAAGCUGGAGAAGGAGAAGGCAGACAGGGAGCAACUGGAGAUGGAAAUUGAAGUGAAAGCAGAUAAGAGCUUGCUGGCCGCCAAGGUCAGCCGGGUCCAGUUCGACGCCACCACCGAGCAGCUGAACCGGAUGCUGCAGGACCUGCUGACCAAGCUGACCGGCCAGGAGCAGGACUGGCACAAGGUCCUGGAACAGCUCCUGCUGGAGAUGGACAACAAGCUGGACCGCCUGGAGCUGGAUCCGCUGAAGCGGCAGCUAGAGGAGCGCUGGAGGGCCCUGCGCCAGCAGCUGAAGGAGCGCCCACCGCAGUUCACGGCUGAUGAUGCUGCGGGCAUCCGCAGGCAGCUGUUAGCACAUUUCCACUGCAUCUCAUGUGACCGGCCCCUGGAGAUGAUCGCCCCUGGACCGAUGGUGCUGUCCGUCCCCAAUGUCCCCGGGCUGCCCGGGCACCGCUCCACCCGGCCCUUCACCAUCUACGAGCUGGAGCAGGUCCGCCAGCAAAGCCGCAACCUGAGGUUGGGCAGCGCCUUGCCCCGCCUGGUGCAGGUAGAGCACAGCGUGGGCCGGUUGUACUCCAUGCACUCGCGGAUGCUCCAGGACAUCGAGAAGGUGCAGCUCCGCUUCGGCGGUUCCACCAAGGCCAGCAGCCAGGUCAUCCGGGAGCUGCUGCGGGCCCAGUGCCUCACCUCCGGCCGCUACCUCAGACGCGACAAGACACUGGAGCUGAGUGAGUGCACGCCCCUGUCCGUGCCCCGGCGCUGUGGAGGCAGCCACACGCUCACCUUCCCAUACCGCCGCUAUGCCCGCCUGCAGUACCUGCCCCCGGAGGGGGAGACCGCCUAUGCCAUCCUGAAGGACGAAGUGGACAUUCUGGGUCUGGACGGGCAUAUCUACAAAGGCCGCAUGGAGACCCGACUACCGGCCAUCUGCAAGGAGGGUGCAGGUGCCCAGAGGAAAAAGCAGGAACUGGUCCAGGCAUCCGAAGCCCACGAGCCCUCCCCGGGAAAUAACCACCAGCUUCCCUGGCGGCCCCACAGCGCCAAGAUGUCCACCCGGAACAGCUCAGCCAGCAGCCAGCUGCUGAAGGAGCGGCCCCUGUCCUCCAUGGGCCGCCUCUCCCAGACCAGCCUCGACGGCGGCCCCACGGACCUGCACCCGGAUGGGAGCCCGGGCCCCGGCGAGCAGCUUCCCCGGCUGGUGCCGCCUGGGAGGCAGUGACCAGAGCCGCCAAUAAAGUUGGAGCAGAAAGCUGGCUGGGCAGCAGGAUGCUGGGGGAGGGUGGCCGAGGCAUGGCAGGAUGA